CACUGUAGCACACCCAAACGACGAACCCUCUCCAUCGAGUACAAUACGCACCCGAUCACAACGCUCAGUCCAACUGUCGCAGUCAAGGACCACCGCAAGCCAAACCAUCAACAAGUCAUGGAUAGAUAUGACGCAGGGAUUCGCAGAUGACUCAUCUUCCGAUGGGGAUGGGCCAGAGACGGCAGAGAGAGCGGAGGCUCUUGCGUCUAGAAGAAGGUCGUCUCAGAGGAGCAACCCCCGGUACUCGCAGCCCUUCCUGCAGCGCACACCACUGACCACCAACCGACUGUUAGCGGAAACCACACGCUACAACGCAGAUAGGCGCAAGGACAUACAGUACGACAUCGGGUCGCUGUCUGACUUCAUCGCCGAGGACGAUGACGACGGAGAGGCAACCAGCGGUAGUGAGAGCGACGCACCGGUCCAGAAAAGGUGGGACCAGGGCAGGGCUGUCGUAUGGGCCCGUUUGAUAUUGCGAGACGCG